GUUGGCAACACUGCCUCUGUUGCAGUGGUGGAACAGGAAGUUCCGUUAAGGCGCCAGCACUGUGUGGUGAAGACCAUAUAUUUUGUGUCCGUUUCACAUGUAUUACUACAGGACGACUCAGAUCAAGUCUGAGGCCGGUAACAUCAACAGUGAGGACAACCUGCCUCUCUCCUUCCACACCGAGUCCAAACCUCCAGUCACUGGGUCCUGAUUGUGACAGUGGAGCCCAUUUUGCACUGCAGGAUCCAGAGAUGGCAUCAGUGAAGCUGGAAGACUGCAGUCAAACACUGGAGCUGAAUGUCAACAUUAAAGAUGAAGAAGAGGAGGAGAAGAUUGGGAAAUCUGUUUAUGAUGGCCGACUCCGGUCAAGUCUGAGGCCAGAAACAUCAACAGUGAGGACAAACCCAGCCUGCCUCUCUCCUUCCACACCGAGUCCAAACCUCCAGUCACUGGGUCCUGAUUGUGACAGUGGAGCCCAGUUUGUACUGCAGGAUCCAGAGAUGGCAUCAGUGAAGCUGGAAGACUGCAGUCAAACACUGGAGCUGAAUGUCAACAUUAAAGAUGAAGAAGAGGAGGAGAAGAUUGGGACAUCUGUUAAUCAUGGAGACCAUGUUGAGACAUUCUCUACAUCCAGAGAGCAACAGCAGGAAGAUCACAGAGCUAAGAAGUCUCGCCACCUCCCACAUUGUGAGGAGAUUUUCCCAUUUCUAUCAAAGCUAAAGAUACACCUAAAAAUACACACAGGAGAGAAUCUGAAAUCUUGUACUGACUGUGGGAAGAGAUUCACAACAUCACAAUCUCUGACUAUUCAUCAGAAAGUGCACAUUGGACAGAAGCCUUACUCCUGCUCUGACUGUGGGAAGAGUUUCUCCCAAUUGGAUAGGUUAAAAAGUCACCAACUAAUACACAGAGAGAAGCCAUUCUCCUGCUCUGACUGUGGCAAAUGCUUCAAAACAUCAACUGAGGUAAAGGUUCAUCAGAGAACACACACAGGAGAGAAGCCUUACUUCUGCUCUGCCUGUGGAAAGAGUUUCUCCCGAUUGGAUACCUUAAAAGUACAUGAACGUGUGCAUACAGGAGAGAAGCCAUACUCUUGCUCUGACUGUGGAAAAUGCUUCACCACAACAUCUGAUCUAACAGUUCAUCAGAGAACACACACAGGAGAGAAGCCUUACUUCUGCUCUGACUGUGGUAAAUGCUUCAAAACAUCAACUGAGGUAAAAGUUCACCAGAGAACACACACAGGAGAGAAGCCUUACUUCUGCUAUGCCUGUGGAAAGAGUUUCUCCCGAAUGGAUACCUUAAAAGUACAUGAACGUGUGCAUACAGGAGAGAAGCCAUACUCUUGCUCUGACUGUGGAAGAUGCUUCACCACAACGUCUGAUGUAACAGUUCAUCAGAGAACACACACAGGAGAGAAGCCUUACUUCUGCUCUGACUGUGGUAAAUUCUUCAAAACAUCAACUGAGGUAAAAGUUCACCAGAGAACACACACAGGAGUGAAGCCUUACUUCUGUUCUGACUGUGGGAAGAGAUUCACAACAGCACAAGCUCUGACAAUUCAUCAGAGAGUGCACACUGGAGAGAAGCCUUACUCCUGCUCUGACUGUGGGAAAAGUUUUUCCCGAUUGGAUAAGUUAAAAAGUCACCAACAAAUGCACAGAGAGAAGCCAUUCUCCUGCUCUGACUGUGGUAAAUGUUUCAAAACAUCAACUGAGGUAAAAGUUCAUCAGAGGACACACACAGGAGUGAAACCUUACUUCUGCUCUGACUGUGGGAAGAGAUUCACAACAUCACAAGCUCUGACAAUUCAUCAGAGAGUGCACACUGGAGAGAAGCCUUUCUCCUGCUCUGACUGUGGGAAAAGUUUUUCCCGAUUGGAUAAGUUAAAAAGUCACCAACUAAUACACAUAGCGAAGCCAUUCUCCUGCUCUGACUGUGGUAAGUGCUUCAAAACAUCAACUGAGCUAACAGUUCAUCAAAGAACACAUACAGAAGAGAAGCCUUACUUCUGCUCUGACAAUGGAAUGAGUUUCUCCCAAUUGGAAGAGUUAAAAUGUCCCCAGCGAAUACAAAUAGACAAAGUCUCACUUCUGCUCUAAUUGUGGGAAGAGUUUCCCCCGAUUUUAGAUACCUUUAAAAUGUCACCAGCGUAUACAUACAGGAGAGAAGCCUUACUUCUGCUCUGAUUGUGGGAAGAGUUUUACCCGAUUGGAUACCUUGAAAUGUCACCAACGUAUACAUAAAGGAGAGAAGCCUCAUCAGUUCUCUCAGACCAGCUAAGAGUAAAGUCAUUACAUCACUUCAUUCUCAUCUCAUAAAUGAAGUGGUAACAGUGAAUUUGAUAACAUUUAAGAAAGAAUAAAACACUAUUGGGAUCCUAUUGUUUCUCACUGUAAGAGAACAGUGCAGAGGAAAGGGUGUGUUAUAGAAUGUUAGCUUCUUGUUGUUUUACUGAUCAGUGAGCACCAUGUCAGUUUUAUUUAAUUGAGCUUUUACUCUAAAGAUAUUGAGAGUUCCUUGGAUUUGCCCUUAGGGUUGAAUGCCCUCUGAGGCUUCUCACAUUGUAACAAUGAAGUCUGAUUGUUGACUGUGUGGUACUCUGUGGGAAUAAGUUAGUAGAUACAACAUGUGUCAGAUAGAGAUGAUCAGUUCUCUGUGGGAAUGAGUUAGUAGACAACAUGUAUCAGAGAUGGUGUGAUGAUCAGUUUUCUGUGGGAAUGAGUUAGUAGACAACAUGUAUCAGAUAGAUGGUGUGAUGAUCAGUUUUCUGUGGGAAUAAGGUAGUAGAUAUAACAUGUGUCAGAUAGAGAUGGUGUGAUCAGUUCUCCGUGGGAAUGAGUUCGUAGACAACAUGUAUCAGAUAGAGAUGAUCAGUUCUCCGUGGGAAUGAGUUCGUAGACAACAUGUAUCAGAUAGAGAUGAUCAGUUCUCCGUGGGAAUGAGUUCGUAGACAACAUGUAUCAGAUAGAGAUGAUCAGUUUUCUGUGGGAAUGAGUUAGUAGACAACAUGUAUCAGAUAGAGAUGAUCAGUUUUCUGUGGGAAUGAGUUAGUAGACAACAUGUAUCAGAUAGAGAUGAUCAGUUUUCUGUGGGAAUGAGUUAGUAGACAACAUGUAUCAGAUAGAGAUGAUCAGUUUUCUGUGGGAAUGAGUUAGUAGACAACAUGUAUCAGAUAGAGAUGAUCAGUUUUCUGUGGGAAUGAGUUAGUAGACAACAUGUAUCAGAGAUGAUGUGAGUUUUCACCAUUUAGUUUGUUUUUUUGUUGUUUUGUUUUACUACUAAGCAACUUUUGUUGCGUGAUAUACAUACUUUGAAACGAUAAAUAUGUUAAUUAAAUUGUCUUAAAUAGAUGUAUUAUUUUCGUCAUUGAUGAAUGUAUUUGGAUGUUCUCAUUGAACUUAAUUGAUGUGCGAAUGAAAAAUAAAUAUUCUACUUGAAUUUGUGCUGGUCAAACUUUGGGUUAUCUAUACAGACAAUGCAAUGUUUUUUUGUUUAAUUGAUAUUAUUCAAACUAAUUUAAAUGUCUAUGUAUCUACUGAAUACAUGUCACUACACCUCUACAUGCCAAUUAGCUAGUCCCCAGUAUGUUCUACAAUGCAUACAAAUAAUGUUUUGCAGUAUAAAGGACAUGUUUUCUUAUUUACAUAAAAGUUAAAUAAAAUAACAUUUAUUUUGUCAAUGUA